AUGAAGUCCACUGCGUUGUUGGCCCUUGCUGCCUCCCUCGCUGUCGCCUCAGCCGGCGAUUGCUCUUUCGAAGAAGGCUACCACUACUGUGCCAAAACAAACAAGGUCGCUUUCCAAAACGUCGGUUUCCUGGACUCCUACAAGGACGUUGUCGCCAUGGACGAGGACUCCGGCAAGUGUGAGCAGAAGACCCACGAGUUCUCUGGUAACUUGGCUCCUUUGAACGAGGAGUUGUCGUUCCACUUUAGAGGUCCUUUGAAGUUGAAGCAGUUUGGUGUCUACUACCAAUCCGGCUCCAAGAAGAACAAGAGAGAGGACGACGAGGAGUGCACCACCACCCAGCACGUCCACCACAAGCACGUCAAGAGAGCCACUGCUUUCGUCACCCAGACCGUGUUUGUUGACCAGUUUGGAAACACAGUGACUUCCUCUGCCACCGCGACUCCUUCCACCGCUGCUAGCGAGAGCUACGACACCACCGAGACCAACGUGGCCUCUGUCUCUUCCGACGGUGGCGCCAAGUCCUCCAACGGUGCUGUUGACGCUUCCUCCUCUUCCUCCUCCUCGAGCUCCUCGUCCACUGCUUCUGCUAGCUCUGGCGACUGGGUUCGUUCUUCCUACUACAAGCCAGGCACCGCCGAGAACUGUACUUUCUUGAACCACCACGGUGGCUCUGGUUCUGGUGUCUGGUCUUCUGCUUUGGGUAACUCCCUUUCCUACGCCAACAGCGACAACUCCAACGGUGCUUCUUCCCCUCAGAUCUUGGACGACGUCACCAUCAAGUCCGACACUGAGUUUGUCAUUAUGUCUGGCCUCAAGUGUGGCGACGACUCCGAGAACGGUGACUGUGGUUUCUACAGAAAGGGUAUCCCUGCCUACCACGGUUUCUCUGGUGAUACCAAGUUGUUCGUUUUCGAGUUCUUGAUGCCUUCCGACGGUUCCUCUGGCUUCAACGCCGACAUGCCUGCCAUCUGGGCCUUGAACGCUAAGAUCCCAAGAACUUUGCAGUACGGUGAGUCCACUUGCUCGUGCUGGAAGUCUGGUUGCGGUGAGUUGGACUUGUUCGAGAUCUUGCACUCUGGUUCCAAAAAGUUGAUUGCCCACAUCCACUCUGGCCAGGGCUCUGGUGGUUCCGGCUACGGUGGUGGUGGUUCUCAGGACUACUUCGAGAGACCAACCGAGAAGGCCAUCAAGGCCGCUGUGAUCAUGACCGGCAAGGAGAUUGUCAUCAAGGUUGUCGACUCUGACUUUGACGAGGUCUUGACCGCUGACACUGUCGACGGCUGGUUGGAGUCCUCCGGCACCGUCGCCAAGAUCGCCAACUAG